AUGUUUGACCACGUCGCGCUAUCAGUCCCGCGGGACAUUUAUCCAGAAGUCGUUGAGUUCUACCUCGCAGCUCUUACACCUUUGGGGUACGAGAAACAGAUCUCAAUGCUCGAUGGAAGACUUGUGGCUCUUGGAGAUACACAAAGCACGAUGUCAAACAAAGCGGACUUUUGGCUUUCAGGAAUGUCCGACUACCAUGCGGAGACGCAUUGGGCUUUCGUUGCCCAGGGUAAGCAGAAGCGUCAUCUAUACUAUCGAAUAAAAGUUGACCUUGAUUCUUUAUCUCCAAAGAAAAAAAUCAAGUGGAUGCCUUCUAUAGGAAAGCCCUGGAAGCUGGUGGUUCAAGACAACGGGCCACCCGGCCCUCGCCCACGUUUUGGUCCCGAAUACUAUGCUGCUUUUGUGAUAGAUCCCGUGGGUAACAAUGUGGAGGUUGUUUGCCGCAAGUCAGAUUGA